UUGUGAUUUGGUUCGGGGAUCUUCGCGUUUAUUGUGCACUGACUGUCAUGACUGUAUGGAGCUCAGUUGACAAUUUUUCUGAUGCAGUACUGAUAUAUGCCAGAGUGAAUUUAUUAAAAGAGUAGACGGGAAUAACCGUCGUUUGCAAUUUCGGGGAUUCAUUCUCCCCUUUUAGUACUAACUGAACGUCUUCGCCUCCUGAAAUUGCCAUCACUCAGUCAUCGACGUAAAAGAGGUGACAUGAUUGAUGUGUACAAAUAUCUGCAUGGUUACUAUGAUUCAAGUUCUGAACUUUUCUAUCUGAGACAAGGUGGUAAAACGCGAGGUCAUUCCUUAAAGCUAGAGAAAAGAUAUUCGCGUCUUGAUGUGCGUAAGUUUUUCUUUGCUAACCGAGUGAUAGAUGUGUGGAACAGUCUCCCAGAAGAUGUAGUUACUGCUUGUUCAGUGAUUGCUUUUAAGAAUAGACUGGAUAAGCAUUGGGAGAAGAUUGCCUAUGACUUUGAGUAAUUUUCGUUUCUUGUGUGUUUCCAUGGGAUUUUUCACUGUCUACGAUACCCCUGCCACCCCUCCAUGCCAACAUAAGUAGCGCAUCUAAUUUUGUCUGAAGGAGAGCAACAAUAGACAUUUCUACUUUGAUCGAUGAACAGGCUUCGUCCUACAACAUCAUUGGAGUAAACUAAACUAAACUAAACUAACUACUAGUUCAGCGAUAUAUUGUACAGAGACUGGCAGACUGGAAUUUGCAAAUAUAAGUUAUAUUUUUGGUCUAUUUUAAUAUUGGCCUUGGUGCUGAAUCAGGACCGUUAAUAACUGAACCCCCUAUCCCUUCCAGUUUCAUUGAAGUCAUUUGGAUCGCACAGCCACACUCUUGGGAGAGAUCUAUCUCUAUGCUAUUUCAUCGUGUGUUUUUUGCCACUUCAUGAUUGAUGGCUACUGCUACCACAGAGACGAGGAAAAUUAGGCCAAAACGACCAGAUUUCACAACUGAAAGCUACUGGAAUGAAAGAUUUCAAGGGGAGGAGUCAUUCGACUGGUUGUUGGAGUAUCAACAAUUUAGUCAUCUUGUGGAAAAAUAUGUGGAUAAAAGCGAAAGAAUACUCAUGCUAGGCUGUGGUACUAGCACGCUCAGUCUGGAGAUGUACAAGGAUGGAUAUCACAAGAUCGUCAACGUAGAUUUCUCAUCGGUAUGCAUUGAGAAGAUGAAAGAGAAUCAUCAACAUUGUCCAACCAUGGAGUGGAUGGUGAUGGAUAUCAAGGAUUUGAAAUUUCCAGACUGUAGUUUUGAUGUUGUGUUAGAGAAAGGAACCUUGGAUGCUCUUGUUGCUAAUGAGAAGGAUCCUUGGAAUAUUUCAGAAGAGGGCUUUGAUGUCAUGAAUCAGUCACUCACACAGGUGAGCAGGGUUCUGAAGCCAGCUGGACGCUUUCUCUCGCUUACCUUCACGCAGCCGCACUUCAGACGCCCUCUCCUUGCGAGGAGCAUCUUCAAAUGGGACAUUGAGUUGAUGAUACUUGGUGAACAGUUCCACUUCUUCUUCUUUGCCAUGGAGAAAGGUAAAGAAAUGAGCGCCAAAGAUAGGGAACUUGAAAAGAAGACGAUUUUGAAGAUGCAGUCCUACGCAGAAGAAGCUACAACAGUGGAACAUGUUGAGGAGGAAGAAAAUGAGCUCACCUUUCUGAAUGCUUUCCAGUCAUGACAGGAGAAUUGGAGCCUAUAGAAACAGCUUUAUUAACUUCACGAAAUUUGAACU